CGUCGCCUUCCUCGUCAUCUUCUUCAUCCUCCGAGAUCACUUCUUCUCACUUUUAACUUCUAUUUAUUUUCUUUUUUAACUGGAUACCUCCUUCCCUCACUGGUGCGUACAACUUCCAGCACAACUGUUGUGGUUUGACGCAUUGGCGCUCAUUUCUGACAAACGGCUGGCUGGCUGGCUGGCUGUCGCCCUCUGGUGGACAAAUAGGGAAUUGAGAACAUGUGAUUUCAGCAAACCACAGGAAAUCCUUUGACUUCCAAGGAAACCAAGUUGGACUUUUCUUUUUUAAACCUCCAGCCCAACAAAGAGGAAGGAAUGCAUGAGCCCACAUCUGAGGACCUCAUUUUCUGAGCAUCGAAAAAAAAAAAUUUUCCCACCGACAUGCCGACGGAAUCCUUCCAUGCUGCCUACGCUGCGGCGGCUCAGUCCGCCAUCGGCGUGUCCCCCUCGGGGAACCUGCUCCGGAUGUUCCGGGAGUACCACAGCAACGCUGUCAUCAUUGAACACUACAACUUCACAGGCAAGCUGAAGGAGAACAAGUACAAGGAGGGAAUCAAACCGGAGGCCAUCGCCUUCCUGCUGGUGUGCCUUCUCAUCGUGGCGGAGAACGCCGUGGUGCUGGUGGCCAUCUGGAAGAACAAGAAGUUCCAUCUUCCCAUGUACUACUUGUUGGGCAACCUGACUCUCUCCGACCUGCUGGCGGGCUUCACCUACAUGGUCAACCUCCUGACGUCCGGCGAGAACACGCUCAGCAUGACCCCCGUGUUGUGGUUCCUGAGGGAAGGGGGCGUGUUCAUCAUGCUGGCGGCGUCCGUCAUCAGCCUGCUGGCCAUCGCCAUCGAGCGCCACGUGACCAUGGUGAGGAUGAAGCCCUACCAGGGCGACAAGCAAGGCCGGAUGUUCGCUCUGAUCGGCGCCAGCUGGGUGCUCGCCGUGCUGCUGGGGGUCUUGCCGGUCCUGGGUUGGAACUGCAUGGGCCGGCUGAACCGCUGCUCCACCGUGCUGCCGCUCUACGCUAAGAGCUACAUCCUCUUCUGCGUCACCGUCUUCAGCGCCGUCCUCAUGUCCAUCGUGGUGCUGUACGUCCGCAUCUUCCGCAUCGUCAAGUCCAACACCCAGCGUCUGGGCUCGGGUCCGCAGAGGAAAGGAUUGUACCGGAAGUCGCAGAAGUACAUGGCCCUGCUGAAGACGGUCACCAUCGUCCUGGGGGUCUUCAUCGCCUGCUGGCUGCCCCUCUUCGUCCUCCUGUUGCUCGACUUCUUCUGUCCGACCAAGAGCUGCCAAGUGCUCUUCAAGGCGGACUACUUCCUGGGCAUCGCCAUGUUCAACUCCCUUCUCAACCCCAUCAUCUACACCUUGACCAGCAAGGACAUGAGGCGAGCCAUCAUCAGGCUGCUCUGCAGUCGAUGCCUGCUGACCAAAGACGGACAAGUGAAGAAGAUGGGGAUCAACUUCCUGGAGUGCAGCACCAGCAAGACUGACGCCGCCUCUCACAGACUGGAGGGACUGGAGACCACGGUGUCUUCCGGGAACUUUACACCUUCUACCAUAAAAGCCAUUUUCCCCAAAAUGUCAAAGACUUGAUAGCAGAAAAGUAUGAGGUGACCGCUGAUAGACCGGACGUCCAGAAACUGAAACCACGCAUGAUUCAAGCGCGGCAGCGACAAGAGUAUGACUUCAAGACUUCAGGUGAAGCAAGAAGAAUACUUUCUGAGAUUCAUCUUUGGAGAUGAUUGAGUGUCUUAUAAAAAAAAAAAUAGCAUUAAAAGGCGCCGUUGGAACGGUAAGCCCUGAUACGUUUCCAAGGUGGUGAUACUUUUUGUUGAAAAAUGACCGAAUUGUAUGAAAAACGAACUUUUGCCAUAGAAAAAUAAUGUCAAUCCAAUGAAUCCGUCCAAAAAUAUUUAUCUUCAAUCUUACGUUUGGCCAUGCACUCUCGUUUUGAGGGACAUUUUUGUAUCCUUCAGCUAAAAAAAAAGACAAUGGAAUUUUACUUUUGAAGUGGGUUACUUGAAUGCACUACAAUUAUCUGCUCAAAACUUGCAAGUUUUGCCAAAAAAAAAGUCCCGUCUGGGUUUAUUUUGAAGUGAAAUUUGCCAGCGAGGCAGAGUCUCCUCACUCAUCUUUGCACUGACCCGAUCACUGAGCGUGUAACGAGCCACGCCCCAUUCCAGGUAACCAUCUACGGUUGUGGUAAUGGGGCGUCACGCUCCAAAAAACUUGCCUGACUAAUCAAUCAAUUCCUUUAUUGUCAUUGUCAUAAUAACACUUAAGUCAUACAUGAACAACGAGAUUUUGUUUGAGCUUUGUCCAGCGGCAUAGAAACUGCAUUGAUGUGCAGGUUGACUAUAGUUUACAUUUUAGCAUUGUUAGGAAGGUUGCGAUAAGAGGGACGUGGGGAUGGGAACAAUCAGAUGUCUGAUGUUGCAGCAACGCAAUGUCCAGAGCACAAUUAUUGAGGUGGUGAAGAGUGAGGUAAUAAGAUGGUCCAGGGCAGCAAAGGGGCAGGCUGUUCAUUUAGCCGUCUCACAGCCUGGGGAUACAGACUGUGAGACAUUCUGGUGGUCCUGGCGCGAAUCGAUCUAUACCUCCUUCCAGAGGGUAGCAGGUUGAAGAGGCCAUGUGCUGGGUGGUAUCUGUCCUUCAGGAUGUUGUGUACUCGCUUUAGGCAGCGAGUUGUGUACAUGGCACUCAUCUCUGGGAGUAUCGUCCUUGUAAUUUUCCCCGCCGUUUUAACCACUCACUGGAGGGCCUGUUAGUUCGCUUUAGUGCAGCUAGCAAACCACACUAAAAAUCCGUAAGUGAGGACACUGCUGAUGGCACAGUUGUAAAAGUUGAACCAUUGAUUUCUGCGGAAUGUUUGCGCAUUUUAGUUUCCUCAAAAAAAAAAAAGACGUUGUUGGGCCUUUCCGACUGUAGAAGCAGUGUUAAUGUCCCAGCAUAGAUCUUCUGUUAUGUUCACGCAGUGAACAUAAUCCACGCAGUUACAUGAAUUAUUGCCAUUUUUUUAUGAUUACCGUAUUUUUUGGAGUAUAAGUCGCACCGGAGUAUAAGUCGGACCACCCGAAAAUGCAUAAUAAAGAAGGAAAAAAACAUAUAUAAGUCGCACUGGAGUAUAAGUCGCAUUUUUGGGGGAAAUUUAUUUGAUAAAACCCAACACCAAGGAUAGACAUUUGAAAGGCAAUUUAAAAUAAAUAAAGAAUAGUGAACAACAGCCUGAAUAAGUGUACGUUAUAUGAGGCAUAAAUAACCAACUGAGAACGUGCCUGGUAUGUUAACGUAACAUAUUAUGGUAAGAGUCAUUCAAAUAACUAUAACAUAUAGAACAUGCUAUACGUUUACCAAACAAUCUGUCACUCCUAAUCGCUAAAUCCCAUGAAAUCUUAUACGUCUAGUCUCUUACGUGAAUGAGCUAAAUAAUAUUGUUUGAUAUUUUACGGUAUUGUGUUAAUAAUUUCACACAUAAGUCGCUCCUGAGUAUAAGUCGCACCCCCCGGCCAAACUAUGAAAAAAACUGCGACUUAUAGUCCGAAAAAUACGGUAAUCACAAUUCAUUUGACAGUUCUACUCAAUUCACAGCAAUACGUAAAAUAUUGAAGGAUAACAUUAAUGAUGACUAAAAUGUUGGUAAUAGUAAAAUAUGGUUAUAGUUAAAAAGUCUAUUAAUAUUACUAAUAAUGGCUCUAAAUGCCUUAACUACAAGUAUAGUAUACCUCCUUUAACUCUCUGAAGACAAUUGAUGUGUAUUACCUUCAAAACCAAACAGGACAUGAAAAUCCUUAAGUCUUUAAAACAUUUUGUACCUUUUUUUUGCUGAAAUUUGUCCAAAAAAAAUUUUUUUUUAACCAUUUUUAAAUAACUUUUCAGGUUUAAAUGAGUAAAAUAAGUCAUGCUCUGCAAAUGUAUAAAUGUAUAUGUAAUGUAUAAAUCCAUGAUGCCUUUAAAAAAAAAAGUGUAAUAAGAAAAAAUACAUUACAUGAUUGGUAUUUUUGUUUAGGGCUAAAGUUGAUUUGAGAGGGAAAAAAGGAAACCUAAAAAAUGUUUAUGCCCUUUGAAAAUUUAAAUACAUGUAUGUCCUGUCUGGUUUUAGGGUAUUGUUGAAUAACGAACAGGGUAUUGUACACUUGUAAAAAACCUGUAGAAUAAAGUAACAUAACAAAAAUUACAGACAAAAUACAGCAAAAAUGUACUGAAAAGUCAGCCUUUGUACCCUGAGGGUUAAAAUGCUACUACUAAUACUGAUAACAACAACAACAGGUAUUGUGUAUGCGCUAAACACAUUUUUAAUGCAGCAGCUACCCUCACGAUCAAAAUUUUUUGGUAGUAUAAAAAGGUAUACUUCUGGGCUCUUGGAUUCCAAAAUAGUACUUUUGAGAGAACAUUCUCUACUGGUUUGGAAAUGCCUCAUUCCUCUAUUUUUGAGAGUGUGCGAUAAACGAGAGACCAGGGCAAGAUUUUAAAUCGGCGUACGAAAACCGAGGUACCGCUGUCGUGUGAUAUCAUGACUGGGUGCAGGAAACAAACAAGGCAUGACGUAUAGAACGGUGGUUUUUAAACCUUAAUCACCAAGUACCACCUCAGACAACACUUGGCUCUCCAAGUACCACCAUAAUGAUCCACAUUACAAUACAGUAGCGUAGUGGGCCCAAGUAUGCAUUAAAAAAGGCCAGUUUUUAACAGUAACACUGUUUGAAUAAAGGAAAAUAAAAAAAAUUGGCGUUUCAUUGGAUGGAGCCUGCAUACAACUAGUGGAGAGAGAGUAUGGCAACUCGGUUUCAAAGUUGGUAGCAAACAUGGCGCCCAAUCAGAGAAAGUAUUGCCAAAUGAUUGGUCAAAAGCCCCUCUUGCUUUAUACACGGCUUUUGUCCCUAGUCUGGACAAAAAAGCCCAAUCACAAUCAUAGUUCAACCAAGUAACAGACUAUUGUGUAUAUCGGUUGUAAAGUGAAAGUACUUAUUUUUAUAUCGUUCACAAUUUCGGACAAUAUAAUCGUGCGCUGCUGGAUGAAAACUUCCCUUCGGUCCCCACAAGGCCCGUUGUUAGUCGCCCCUCUGGAGAAACGCCAGCUCGUUUCACCGCCGUUUACUUUUUGUACACAAUCCAAAAUGUAAGAAA